AUGUGGCAAUGCACGAGGGAGCUUGACACUCGUAUGCAUUUGCACAUCAUCCACGAAGACGCUGUGGAACGUGAUGUUGGCGCUUGCCAAGCCACCAGGCUGCAUGAGGCUAUCAUCGUUGAUCCCAGAUCCCUGGGGAUGCGCAUUGAUCAGGAGACCUUGUCGGACAAUUCCAUUGAUAACAGAGGGCUCGCCGGCCCAUUGAACAUCUUGUCGGACAAUUGA